AUGAAACUUGCACUGCGAUCGUCAGAAGCACCCGCUCCCUCAAGCAUGACAUCGAAAGGCUAGUUGCCCGGUUUCAAAAUAAGGAAAUUCAGAAGUGCUGUCAGAACGGAGCACAGCAUUACCCCUUCCCGCAGACGUGUCAAGAGAGAAUCAAGCGUAUUAAGACUGGGUCGGGGAGGUGCAUUUAUGCCUUCCGGAUCUGCUGUGAAUUUGCUGUUGCGAAACGUCUUAAUGACACACACAAGCAUCUACUUCUGGGGAGAAAUGGUAUGUAUACCCCCUAGCAUACCUUCAUAGAAAUAGCAAUAUAAGCUCUUAGAUUUAUAUACCGCUUCACAGUGCUUUUAC